CAAGUAAAUGUUGAAUUAAGGCCGAAUCUGAUCUUUGCUACAAGCCUUCACCAGCCCAGUUCCUGCCUUUCUCUGUCUAUGCGAUUUCUCCUCUUUCUCCAAUCCUAAUCAAAAUUUUUCCUUUUUAUUUUCAGCCCAAUAAUUUUCAUCAUCUUCGUCUUCAUCGAGCCCCCCCACCACAAUCACAAAUCUUUCUCUUCCCAAAUCCUGCUUUAUCAACUGGAAUCUGAAUUGACCUUAUUAGAAUUGAUCAAAAGAUAUGGAGCUUUGUAGUUAUCCUCAAAGAUUUAAUUUUUGUAUAUUCCUAUUAGUCCUGACUAUUAUCUCAACUCCGGUUCAAUCAAUCCGAUUCGAUCUGGAUUCGGGUCAUACUAAAUGCAUAGCUGAAGAUAUUCAGUCAAACGCCAUGACCGUCGGCAAAUAUCAUAUUGUUAACCCAAAUGAAGGCCAGCCCUUACCUGAUUCUCAUAAAGUCACCGUUAGGGUUACAUCAGGUUAUGGGAAUAACUACCACUAUGCGGACCAUGUCAAUACAGGGCAGUUUGCAUUUCAGACUGCAGAGGCUGGGGAUUACAUGGCUUGCUUUUUUGCAGCUGAUCACAAGCCUGCUGUUACGCUCACCGUUGAUUUUGAUUGGAAGUCUGGUGUCGCAGCGAAGGACUGGUCAAAUGUUGCGAAGAAAGGUUCUGUUGAAUUAAUGGAGUUAGAGCUGAAGAAAAUGUUUGAUACUGUUCAAUCCAUUCAUGACGAGAUGUUCUACCUGCGAGAAAGGGAAGAAGAGAUGCAGGAGCUUAACAGAUCUACCAACGCGAAGAUGGGUUGGUUGAGUCUUCUCUCAAUUGUUAUUGCCUUGUCCGUUGGAGGAUUGCAGUUAUGGCAUCUGAAGACGUUCUUUGAGAAGAAGAAGCUAAUAUAAUGUUUUUUAUAGGCGCUUUUUAGUUGCAAACUAAACUUGUUCGUGUACAAUUUUGGACAUGUUGAAAACAGGAACGCUAUGAAUUGAUAUGACGAGAUGUUGGAUCCUCAAUAAUCUUCAAAAUACAGAUGUUGCACGGGCAAAUAGGGCCGUUUUCCUGUUUU